GCUAACAACCCUGAACAUAUGGUUAUAGUUUCUAUUACAGCUGACAGCUUAGACGCGAAAUGCUACUUUUACAUAAAUCAUCCGAUUUAAGAGCUUUGACUAUAAGGUCAUCAAUUUGCGUAAGAAAUUACUGCAAAGACAAGAAACCGGCGAAUGAUGAAACAAUAAGCAAGAAAACUAAAAUCAACCAUGAAGAAAAUUCGGACGCCGUAAUUGAUCAGAAAGAAACCGCUUCAGCUAGAUUAAAUCGUUUAUUAGCUUCUAUGCAGACUGCGGAUGAUAGUUUCAAUUUUUCCAAAUCGUCUCCAGGUCCUGGUGAGCUACACAGGAAAAGAAAUGCCGAAACUAAAUCCGAUGCAGAAAGCAAAGACAUAUUUGUCGCUGCUAAAAAGGUUGCUUCUCUCUUAGAUGAAUCCAAGCAAAAGCAAACCGAAUCAGAACUCUUAACCAAACUUUUGGGUCAUAAGCAAAUGGCAAGCAAAGACCCAACCAACGGGGAAAGUGAUUUAAGUCUUAGUGAACUAAUUGUAGGUAUGAAGAUAGACCGAAGUCGAAAGCAAGAAGAUGUUGUUUACUCCCGUAGUGAUUACGUUAAGCGCAGUAUAGCAGCUAAACAGCAACAAGGUAACCGAUGGGAAAAGCGAAAGCCGACGUCAUCAUCGAAACGUGAGGCCGAAGUAUUUACAGGUAGCGUUAAUCUUUUCGGCAUGAAAUCUAUGGGUAUUUUUGACCAACCUGGCAAUUUAAAAGUAUCGCCAGAUAUGUUAAAAACCUGGUUUGAUCUGCAACAGCGUUCACUGAAGCUGCACGUAUCACAUCCCCCAGCUAAUUAUUAUGAAAAAAUGGCUUUGUGGACUGAGCAAGGAAAGCUGUGGCGUUUUCCGAUAGACAACGAACAAGAUUGGGACGAUGAACGCGACGUCGACUUCUCCGAACAUAUUUUUCUCGAGCAGCAUUUAGAAUCAUGGUGUCCAAAACAGGGACCAAUACGUCAUUUCAUGGAAUUAGUUUGUGUUGGCCUCUCAAAAAAUCCACACAUAACUGCCCAAGAUAAAAAGGCUCACAUUCUAUGGUAUCGCGAUUAUUUUCAAUCGAAAAAGGAAAUCUUAAAAGAUUUAUUAAAUAAAGAGGCUCAGUGCAAAAUAGUUGCGAGCAAUGCAUAAAUCCAAGUAAAAACUUGAAUUUAGGCGAACUGCAUUGCAUAUAAAAUAAAAGUGUGAGAACAAAUAAAGAGUUUAUAUCCUGCUUCUUAAAA